AUGGACAAGAAGAAGGCCAUAACAGCUAGGCUCGCUGCGCAACGCCUAUUAGAUGCCACGACUGAUGCCGCCAAAACCCUCCAGAAAGCCGGCAGGGAGAUCGAAUGCGCCGCGCUGCUUCUGUGGGAGGAGAUACCGGCAUGGCAGCAGGAUGGGAAUCAGUUCAUGGAGACUGGGUACCGACCACCAGCCGACGGCUCAUACCGAAAAUGCUUGAAGAGCUGGACAUACAUCCACAACGAGACCGGCAAUAUCUUCUUCCAUCUCAUUGGCUCGCUACUGUUCUUCACGUUGCCGAUUGGUGUAUACAAGGAGCUUGCGCCGCGGUAUGCAACGGCGGACAGGGCCGACGUUUUUGUCUUUGCGACAUUCUUCUCAGGGGUUGCGAUUUGCUUUGCGCUUUCGACGCUAUUGCACACCGUCAUGAACCACAGCGAAGAGGGGGCCAACUUCGGCGUUCAAUUAGACUACCUCCGAAUCCUCCUACUCAUUGUCAAUUGUAGCUUCGGUGGCAUGCGCGGGUGGUGGAGGACAUCCGGAGGGUUUGAGUGGGGGUUUGCGAUCACCCUACGCCCUGGCUUUCGAUCGCCACACCUCAAAAGUGACCGUGUUCUGGAGAAUCGCCACUCUGGAGCAGAGUUGGUCUUCCAAGUGUCGUUGAGACUUGAAGUUGAGUACGAAACUCCUCUCAACACCUGGGCACGACAAGACGAUCGUCCACAUCUCAUUGCUCGUCUCGCCAGAGCAGCACAUGAACUUCCAUCGGGUGGAGCCAUCAACAAGUAUGACUCGAUGUAUCCACGCAGUAUCGGCCAGCGUACAUCCAUAGCAGUGCAUGCUCGAUCCGAUGUCCCCUCUACCACGGCGUCGGACAAUAUUCCCCAACUGACCCGGGGGGACUCGAGCGCAUCAUCGAUCAGUUCUGCUGACACCGACUUGGCAAGCGCUCUGGAUGGCAUGCGUAUAUUAGAAUCGGUCGACGGCGUGCUUCAAGUGCCUGACACAAGCCGGCCUCAUGCGGACUUGAUCUGCCCUUGGCAGAUCCUCGACUGCGAAGAAACAUUCAAUGACAUCAGGGUAUGGAAAACUCACGUCUUCGCGCAUUUUCGUGGUCAUCAAUGUCCAGAGACUGCAACUUGCUUCCUUUGUGAGAGAGUCUUUGAUCAGUCUCCACGUGAUGACUCGGCACGUGCGUGGAAUGAGAUGCUCUCCCACAUGGCGACAGAGCAUUUUCGCGGCAUGGGUCAAAGACUCGCGACGAUACGGAUUGACUUCAAUCUGAUGAGAUGGAUGUACAACCGACGCAUCAUUACUCCUGUACAAUUCAGGGCGACCCAACUGUUGCCGCGACCAACUGUGUUAGCAGAGAGCACGGGUGAAGUCGUCAACAUGCCCGAGGCACCAAUGGCGCCAUCACCUGCGUCACCAUCAUCAUCGCCUCCGGUUGAACAAAGCGAUGUAUAUACCGUCCAGGCAUCACCGCGACGAGAAAGAAGGCCCAGGUCGAGAGCAAGAACAGGAAUGAAUUGA